GGAACCAACUUUCCAGCAGAGACAGAGCUGAGUCUUUGUGAAGGAGCUGAAGGCCUUUCUGGAUCAAUAAUACCAUUUUCUGGCCAUGUGGCACCUCCACACCCAUAUGGGCCCUUUGGGAGCCAUGAAGGCUUUCUCCCACUACCAGGCGUUCAGGUUCCUGUGGCUCGCCAGGCCACCCGGACGGCACUUUCACAGAGACCACCGGCUCUGGGCACCCCUGACUACGGAUGACUUUGAAGCCAUACAUCGCUGUGAGAGGCCUUUGCCGAAGAACUUUAACUUUGCUUGGGACGUGCUGGACCAGUGGUCCCUAAAGGAGAAGACAGGAGAGCGACCAGCCAACCCAGCCCUGUGGUGGGUGAACAACACAGGGGACGAGGUGAAGUGGAGCUUUCAAGAACUGGGCUUCUUGUCCCGGAAGGCUGCCAACGUGCUCACCAAGUCCUGUGGCCUAAAGAGAGGUGACCGCGUGAGCGUCAUUCUGCCCCCAAUCCCAGAGUGGUGGCUCGUCGUCGUGGCUUGUAUACGAACAGGGCUCGUGUUCAUGCCAGGAACCACCCAGCUGACACUGAAAGACAUCCUCUAUCGGCUGCAAGUCUCCAAAGCCAAGUGCAUUGUGGCCGGUGAGGAGGUGGUCCCGGUGGUGGAGUCCAUCGAGUCCCAGUGUCCCCACUUGAAGACCAAACUCUUGGUGUCCCCACACAGCCGGAAGGGGUGGCUCAGCUUCCAGGAGUUGUAUCGAUCCGCCUCUGCAGAGCACAGCUGUGUGGAGACAGCAAGUCAAGAGCCGAUGGCCAUUUAUUUCACCAGCGGGAGCACAGGUUUUCCCAAGAUGGCCCAGCACUCUCAGAGCAGCCUUGCCAUUGGGUACACCCUCACUGGAAAGUACUGGCUGGAUCUGAGGCCCUCAAAUGUCAUGUGGAACCUGUCCGACAACAGCUGGAUCAAAGCCGCCAUGAGCAGCCUGUUUGCUCCCUGGCUUCUCGGAGCCUGCGUCUUUGUGCAUCGGAUGCCCCAGUUUGACCCUGACACCCUCCUAGAUACGCUUACCCGUUACCCCAUCACGACCCUGUGCGCUGCUCCCACUGUGUACCGGAUGCUUGUACAAAAAGACCUCCAGAGAUAUAAAUUCCAGAAGCUGCAGCACUGCUUGACGGGAGGGGAGCCGCUCAACCCAGAGGUGGUGGAACAGUGGAAGCAGCAAACGGGACUGCAGCUGUACGAGGGCUACGGGCAGACAGAAGUGGGACUAAUUUGUGCCAAUGAGAAAGGACAAGAAAUUAAACUGGGCUCGAUGGGGAAACGAAUGCCACCCUAUGAUGUCCAGAUUAUCGAUGAAAAAGGCAACGUCCUCCCACCUGGCGAGGAAGGAGAAAUUGCCAUCAGACUCAAGUCUACCUGGCCCUUCUGUUUCUUCUCUGAAUAUGUGGACAAUCCAGAGAAAACCGCCAACACAGUAAGAGGGGAUUUCUAUGUCACUGGAGAUAGAGCAGUGAUGGAUAGCGAUGGGUAUUUCUGGUUUGUCUGCAGAAAUGAUGACGUCAUCCUAUCCUCUGGGUACCGUAUUGGGCCAUUUGAAGUGGAGAGCGCACUGCUGGAGCACCCAGCCGUUGCUGAGUCAGCCGUGGUCAGCAGUCCCGAUCCCAUCAGAGGAGAGGUCGUGAAAGCUUUUGUCGUCUUAUCUAAACCCUUUCAAUCAAGCAACCCAGAGAAAUUAACUCUUGAACUUCAGGAUCAUGUGAAAAAAUCAACUGCACCUUACAAAUAUCCAAGAAAGGUGGAAUUUGUUCAAGAACUCCCAAAGACAACCACUGGGAAAAUCAAACGCAACGUCUUAAGAAACCAUGAAUGGGGACGAACCUAGCCUGAUAGGAAACUGAGGCAUGAAGAAGUUACAGGGUUGCUUUCUUAGUCCUGGCUUUCUGACAAUUCAGUGAUCACUGUCAUAAAAUUUUUCCUGGUUGAAAACUCAACUGAGUUUGUGUUUUGUACUUAGUCAAAAAAUAAAUAACAAUCUAAAAAUUAUUUGGGAAGAAAACUGUUGACGACCAAACUCACGAAAUGAUUAUGAUUUGUAGUGUUUAAAACUGCAGGGGUCAA